CCUCCGUGACCGACGGGGACGGGGACGGAAAAGGGAGAAAGAGGAAGGAACGUCGACGAAGAAACCAACCCCUCGGGGCCGGCGAUCGAGGGUCAGCCGACUCGCUAGUUCCGUUAGUUUCCAUCGAUACCGCGUGCCCUUAUCACCGACACGCCGAUUCCUGUUUGCGAACUAUCGGCGAGCUCGCGCCUCACCGUGAUUACUUUGGAUAACACGCGUGGCUAAAUACCGGGCCUCAAGAUGAUGAAUUUCAAACAACAGGGGCUGGUCGCUGACCUGGCGCCGAACAUCACGUUAAUGAAAGUUAGCGGUCACUUUCUGUUCAAUUACUACAACGACAGUUCUUCGAAAUUCAUACACAAGAUCUUCUGCAUUGUACACCUCGUCCUGAUUCUCCUCCAGUUCGUACUCUGCGGUAUCAAUCUCAUGCUCGAGAGCGACGACGUCGAUGUACUGACAGCGAACACGAUCACGAUGCUCUUCUUUACGCACACGAUGGUCAAGAUGGUUUAUUUCGCGGUUAGGACUAAGCUCUUUUACAGAACGUUCGCCAUCUGGAACAAUCCCAACAGCCACCCUCUGUUUGCCGAGAGCAACGCUCGGUAUCAUCAGCUAGCUGUAAAGAAGAUGAGAAUACUGUUGAUGGCUGUCAUGGGCGCGACGGUGUUGUCCACGAUUUCUUGGACCACCAUCACGUUCAUCGGUGAUUCGGUGAAAAAGGUCACCGAUCCUGUCACCAACGAAACCUCCUUCGUCGAGGUGCCAAGACUCAUGCUUUACUCUUGGUACCCGUUCAAUCCCAGCCACGGAAUGGCUCACAUCCUGACGCUUAUAUUCCAAUUUUACUUUCUGCUCUUCUCCAUGUUGGACGCGAAUCUUUUCGACACGCUUUUCUGCUCGUUCCUUCUGUUCGCUUGCGAGCAAAUCCAGCACCUGAAGAACAUCAUGAAGCCGUUGAUGGAGUUCAGCGCUACGCUGGACACUGUCGUGCCAAACAGCGGUGAAUUGUUCAAAGCUAGCAGCGCGAAGCAGGUGGCGGAAAUCGAUGCGCCACCGCCAGUCACACCAGCGAACAAUGACAGUAUGUUGGACAUGGAUCUUCGAAGGAUUUAUAACAAUCGGCAAGAUUUUACGGCGACCUUCCGUGCAAACGCUGGGGGACAGUAUAACGGAACCAUCGGGCCGAACGGAUUGACGAAGAAUCAAGAAAUGCUGGUUCGGAGCGCCAUCAAAUAUUGGGUGGAGAGGCACAAGCACAUCGUCAGGCUGGUUACUGCAGUUGGAGACGCGUAUGGUAUCGCUUUACUGUUACACAUGUUGGCUACCACCAUUACAUUGACAUUGCUGGCUUACCAAGCUACCAAAAUCAAUGGAAUUAACGUGUACUCGGCCUCGGUAAUUGGAUAUUUGCUCUAUUCUCUUGGUCAAGUAUUCAUGCUCUGCAUAUUUGGAAACCGUCUAAUUGAAGAGAGCUCAUCGGUGAUGGAAGCAGCUUAUUCGUGCCACUGGUAUGACGGUUCAGAAGAAGCGAAAACGUUCGUACAAAUUGUGUGUCAGCAGUGUCAGAAAGCGAUGUCAAUUUCGGGGGCGAAGUUCUUCACGGUGUCCCUAGAUCUCUUUGCUUCGGUAUUGGGAGCUAUGGUGACCUACUUCAUGGUGUUGGUGCAACUGAAGUGAACACCACGGGCUAACUGCUUUGUGGAUGAAUGUGAGAGUUGGAGUGCUCGAGUAUGCAUGGUUACCGUUGUCAAGCUCGAAUUUUGUAUUUCGUGCGUAGCAAUGACUUUCAUAGAAGAUCCCGAUGAUU